AUGGGGUUUAGAAGGGCGAUAUUUGUAGCAGCUACUGACACGACAACAGUGACUCUAACAUGGGCUUUAGCUUUACUAGUCAACGACCUACUGGUGUUAAAAAAAACCCAACAAGAGCUUGAAAACUAUGUUGGAAGAGAUAGAAAAGUUGAAGAGUCAGACAUGAACAAUUUGGUCUAUCUUCAAGCCAUUAUCAAAGAGACGAUGCGUCUUUAUCCACCUGCGGCCCUUUCGGUUCCUCAUGACUCUACAGAAGACUGCAUUGUAGGCGGUUACACUAUCCCUAAACGCACUCGCCUUUUUGUAAAUAUUUGGAAGAUUCAUCACGAUCCACAAAUUUGGACUGAUCCAUUUGAAUUCCGACCUGAGAGGUUUUUGACAACCAAAAAAGAAAUCAAUGUGAAGGGACAGCAUUUCGAGUUGAUCCCAUUUGGAAGUGGUAGAAGAAUAUGCCCGGGGAUCUCCUUUGCUUUUGAAGCUAUGCAGUUGAUACUGGCUAGCAUAAUUCAUGGAUUUGAGUCAAAACCAACAAAUGAGCAGAUUGACAUGACAGAAAGUCCAGGACUAACUAGUCAAAAAGCUACUCCAAUUGAGCUACUUGUCGCACCUCGACUAUUGCCACAUGUGUAUGGAGUCUUGGCUUAGGUCUCUAUCUUCCUGUUGCUUUAAACAGAAGUGCUAAUGUUAAAGAACUAUUCAAGCCAUAAGUAGCCACUAAAAGAUGCUGGAAGGAUGUACAUGUUUUCAGAAGUGCCGAUGUUAAAGAACUAUUCAAGCCAUAAGUAGCCACUCUUUUCUGAAAUUCUGUUUUCAAAUUGUUGCU